UGAUUUAUUGUCAAGAAAAAUGAUAAUUCUGUGGCUUUCUUGCAUAUGCUUUCAAGUUUUGUAUGUGCAUGUGUUGUAUGGAUUUUAUAUUUAAUUUUUUGUUUAAAGUGAUACCUGUUAACAUGUAGCUCAAGGAUUGAAUUGAUUUUACAAUCUAGAAAUCACCCCUAACAGUAUUUGAAGCAUUCAGGCCAGUAAGUUUCCAGCAGGCUCAAAGCUCUUCUCUAAUUGGCUGUGUUGUCUUUUAUGUCAUAAUCACAUUACCCAUACAGUAUCUGGAGUUUACAUUAGUGAGACUGGGAUUUUUUUUUUUUUCAAUCUAAAGUGUUUCUCUCUCUAAUAAAACAUCGGAACCUCAUAAGACAUCUUUAAGAAUUUCUUAGAAAAACAUGCUGGAAGACAGUGAAACUUGUUUUUACCCGGAAGAUUUUUCUCAUGUUAUUGUUCUGAAUUGAUUUCCAACAGAUGUGGAAGCCACAUAAUUUUGUUGGGUUGGUACUUCAGUCUCUAGGUGAAGAGAGAGAUGAGUCUACUCAGGAUUGGCACUCAUGGAAACAACACUGCAUCUUCCUGGCUUAUGAAAUUUAGUUUUCUUUGGCUUCUUAGUCAGAACUGUUGCAGAGCUAGUGCUGUUUGGACUGCUUACAUGAACAUAUCCUUUCACGUUGGGAAUCGCAUGUUGUCAGAGUUGGGGGAAGCCGGCGUGUUUGGAAGAGGCUCCACUUUGAAGAGAGUAGCAGGAGUUAUAGUGCCACCAGAGGGGAAAACUCAAAAUGCGUGUAAUCCCAAUACCAGUUUCAGAAGAUCAAAGAACUCCGAGACCUGGCUCGCGCUUGUUGAACGGGGAGGUUGUACCUUCACGCAGAAAAUUAAAGUAGCUGUUGAGAAGGGAGCCAGUGGAGUGAUCAUCUACAACUUUCCAGGAACUGGUAAUCAGGUUUUUCCCAUGUCUCAUCAGGCAUUUGAAGACAUCAUUGUGGUGAUGAUCGGUAACCUAAAGGGCAUGGAGAUUUUGCACUUAAUUCAGAAGGGAGUUCACGUCACAGUCAUAGUUGAGGUGGGGAGAAAACACAUCAUCUGGAUGAAUCACUAUUUUGUGUCUUUUGUGAUUGUCACAACUGCUACUUUAGCAUAUUUCAUCUUUUAUCAUAUUUGGAGACUUUGGGUAGCCAGGAUUCAGAACCGGAGAUGGCAACGGUUAACGACCGAUCUCAAGAAAGCCUUUGGCCAGCUUCAGCUUCGGGUGCUGAAGGAGGGGGACGAGGAAAUCAGUCCGAAUGGAGAUAGCUGCGUAGUUUGCUUUGAACUCUAUAAGCCUAAUGACACAGUGCGUAUUCUCACUUGUAAACACUUUUUCCACAAGAAUUGCAUCGAUCCCUGGAUUCUGGCCCAUGGGACCUGUCCUAUGUGCAAAUGUGACAUUCUUAAAGCUUUGGGCAUUCCAGUGGAUGUUGAAGAUGGAACAGAAUCUUUGCAAGUUCUCAUGUCGAAUGAAUUGUCUGGUAACCCCCCUAGUGAAGAGGGGACAAACAACGAACUUCCUCCUGCAGGAGGGUCAGACAAAGUGACCCCUGUGGCGGCGGAGGAGGAACCCUGUCCUCAGAAUGACAGCCAGCCUCAUGCAGUAGCGGGAGAUGUUCAUCCUUCACCUUGACAGCAUGACCUUUGAGGAACUGGAUUAAACCUAUUUGUCAACUCAAGUCCUAAUACUGACAAGCAGUUGGUUUGUUUGAAGUGUGGUUUUUGUGUCACUUUCUGUUACUUUGGUAACUGUCUCCAUUCUUUGUCAAGCAGAAAAAGGGCCUAGCAGGAUUUUUUGUUUCUUUUUUUGCCUUUGCUAAAUGUUAACUGUUUGUCAGUGUCUGUCAUUCCUGUGAGUAUAUAUGGCUGUUUCUACAUACAGGUGCAUGUUAAAAUCAAGGACAAACUUUUUUCCCCCUAAAUGUUUGUACAUAUAUUGGGCUCUAUUUUGGUAAGAAAAUUGUUAAUAUAUUUGCAUGUUCCUUAUACAGAAACCAUCAGUUAAGUUUGGAAAAGAAAAACUAUCUUUUAUGUGCUAGGAAGAGUAUUUUUUUUGAGAUUAUAUAUAGUACAAUAUACUACUUUUGAAGUCAUUGUGCUGUGUUUUUUCAUUCUUAGCAUGAAAAUUUUGCUGUUUGGAAUUUUAUUACUGUUACUCUUGACAAGCAGUCCUUUUCAAGCUAUUAGUACCUUUUAAUGUGAUUUGUAUAUGCAAAAUGAUAGCAAUUUUAAAAGAAAAACACUAGCUCUUUUAAAUAUGUGCCCAGUAUUGCAUAUAAUUAAUACAUGUUCAUAAUUUGUAGAAAGAUUUAAAUGAUAAAUCCUCUGUUUAGUUUUUUCCCCAUUUGUUCCACCAUACUACCCAGUUUGUUUUGCCAUUAAAUAUUUAAAAUAUGCUAGGUUAUUUUGGAGAUAGAUAUCACAAUGUGAUUUAUUAUGACAUCUUGGGAUUGUGUUUAUUUUGUUCACUGUAUUCCCAGGAUCUAGCACAGUGCUGGGCACUCAAAUACUUUUGGAGUGAAGGAAUGAAUCAGUACUUUAUUCAUUAUGUAAAUAUGUGUUAAUAUGAAAAACUGGGCAGUUUAUCCCAAUCAUACACAAUAAAUGGGAAGUUAAUCCUGAAAAUU